AUGUAUUUGAGGCAUGAAUUGUUAAAGAAGCGGUCUUUGCUGCGUCUGCUCAGCAGGGAGGCGAAGCUUCGUGGCACUUCGGAUUUGGCAAAGCUCAACGAGCUGGCGACCCAAGGAGAAGUUACUGAAGCCGAGGCAGUGUUUCGACAGCUGGAGGAUGUAAGCUGCUCGUGGAAGCCGUCGAGCAGGAGAGUGCUGUGGAAUACUAUGUUGAAGGCCUGCGCAAAUGCAGGAGACAGCCAGGCGGCAGAGCAGUUGUAUCAAUCAAUGCUCAGUAUACGAGUUGAGCCGAACCGCAAGACGUUCGGGAAGCUCAUAGAGGCAGCCGCGAAAAGUGCGCAGCCGCAGCAGGCCGCGAUUUGGCUGAAGGAAAUGCUGCACUUCAGCUUCGAGCCACACGUAUUAAACUAUAACGAACUAAUCUCUGCCGCGGCAAAUGAGCACGAUCUGGAUUCAGCGAAGAGUUGGUUGUGGCAUAUGGGGGAAAAGAGAUUGCAGCCAAACCUGGUUUCUUACAACUCCGUCCUCAGCGCUGCAGCCAAGAAUGGCGACCUUGACGCCUGCACGCAUCCCGCCUGUGUAAAGUAA